AUGGGAACCGCACUACUAAGGGUCCGCACUCACUUGGGGAAUCUGGCUGCCAGUUCCCCUCUCACUCAUACACACAAUUUGCCACACUCCGGGAUCCCAACCCCGCCCAGACGGUUUCCGAAAUACUUACGUGUCCUGCGUCUUCGUCCGGACCUCGUGCACAAGACUUUUAAGGGGUACCUGGGCCCUCAAAUCCUCUUUGCUUCCUUCUCUUCCUCUGAGUUCGUCGUUUCCGUCGAGUCGCUCUUCCGGUUUCUUCUGCGCAUGCUCACACUCUUUGUCGAGUCAUUCUUCCGGUGUCUUCUGCGCAUGCACACAGUCCUUCCUCCUGAUGUUUUUGGCGACCGCGGCAGGACUCCGGAGGUGGCUGGGGCGGUUCGCGAGCUGAUCCACUCCACGCCGGCACCAGGUGAUUCCUGGGGAGUCAUCGACCCGCGCCCGACCCCGCGCCUGACGGACAACUAUAAAUCUAAGGCAGCUCAACCAGUAGUGGUCGAGCUAAAGGAGGGAGUCCAACCGGUAAGGAUUAGACAAUAUCCGAUUAAGUUAGAAGCUAGGAAAGGAGUAGCCCCCAUGAUUGCUCAGUUCUUAAUCCAAGGUAUUUUGCAAGAAUGUGAAUCAGAAUUUAAUACCCCAAUUUUUCCAGUACAAAAACCUAAUGGUAAAUAUAGGCUAGUUCAGGAUCUGAGAGCUAUAAAUAAUAUAACCAAGGAUAUCCACCCAGUGGUGGCAAACCCCUAUACUUUGUUAACAUCUGUGUCUGAAAGAUUUCAAUGGUUUACAGUAAUUGAUUUAAAAGAUGCUUUCUUCUGCAUCCCUCUGGCAUUUGAAAGUAGGAAAUAUUUUGCAUUCGAGUGGGAAGACCCUGACUCUGGCCGGAAGAAACAGCUUACUUGGACACGACUUCCGCAAGGAUUCAAGAAUUCCCCCACAAUAUUUGGGAACCAGUUAGCCAAGGAAUUGGAGGAAUGGAAAACAACACAGGUAAAAGAAUCUCCCUUUUCUCAUGUAAUACUUCAAUAUGUAGAUGACAUUUUCCUGGCCACAGAAGAAAGGGACAUUAGCCUAAAUUUAACUAUAGGCUUAUUGAACAUGCUAGGCCAGGCUGGAUAUCGGGUCUCGAAAGAAAAGGCCCAGCUCAUCCGGACAAGUGUGUUAUAUUUGGGCUGUGAAAUAACACAAGGAGUAAGGCGAUUAGGGGCAAAUAGAAUUGAAGCCAUCUGCACCAUACCUAUUCCCCGAAAUCAUCAGGAACUAAGAUCCUUUCUAGGAAUGGUAGGAUGGUGCCGGCUGUGGAUCCCGAAUUUCGGACUCCUGGCCAAACCCUUAUAUGAGGCACUAAAAGAGACACGGUUACGGUGGGACAAGCCACAGCAGAAUGCAUUCCAAGGGCUAAAGCAAGCACUAAAAGAAGCCCCGGCAUUGGGACUACCCAAUUUAACCAAGGACUUUCAAUUAUAUGUAAAUGAGAGACAGAGACUGGCUUUAGGAGUACUCACACAAAAGCUGGGAUCAUGGAAGCGUCCAGUCGGCUAUUUUUCGAAACAACUAGAUGCAGUCAGCUCUGGAUGGCCGUCCUGUUUGCGAGCCGUGGAAGCUACCGUACUAUUGAUUCAGGAAUCAAGAAAAUUGACUUUGGAAGAAGGCGAAUUGACCCACGACUGUGUGGAAGUCAUUGAACAAGUCUUCGCUAGCCGCACUGACUUGAAAGACGUGCCAUUGGAGUCUCCGGACUGGGAACUGUUUACAGAUGGAUCCAGUUUCGUCGAGAAUGGGACCAGGUACGCGGGUUAUGCGGUGACUCUUACAGCCUUGAGAGGUGCUUUGCAGUGGAACCGCCCUCUGCCGCUGGAAAAUCCAGUCCAUGACAUCCAACCAGGAGAUCGGGUGUAUGUAAAGAACUGGAGCACGGACCCCUUGAAGGAAUCAUGGGAGGGUCCACGUCAGGUGAUUAUGACAACCUUCACGGCGGCAAAAGUCGAGGGCAUCAACAACUGGAUCCACUACACCCGGAUCAAGAAAGUCCUUACUCAUUGGGAAGUGCAGCCACUGUCUUCCACCAAGAUGAGCCGGUGA